AUGCCUCCGCCUUCAACAACGCCAGCAUUGCCACGGAACGGAUCGGCCAGCACUGCCCAUUCAAAGCACAUCAAGCCAUCGACCGACUUGUUCUCGAGCAAGCGACGACCUUCUGAGAGCCAGCCGACGGGCCACGACCUCAAGCGACCCAAGACUACGCCGCCGCCGGGCCAGUCGGCAACACACAAAAUGAGCAAGGUCCAGGGCAAGCGGCCUGUCAAUGCCGACUUGAUUGACCUGACGAAACCCCGCGGCGCCAGCGCCUUUCAACCCAGCCAGGGCGCCAAGAAGCUCGUAAUCAAGAACUUGCGCACCGUUUCGAGAACCCAUGAGCUGGAACAGUACUAUGCCAAGGUCUGGGAGGAUCUCGAUGCCGCCCUGCAGUCAGUAUUCGCAAGACAACAGCCCAGAAAGCCACUCGACACACUGUACAAGGGCGUCGAGAGUCUCUGUCAGCAUCUCCGCAAGAAGAACAUUGACAACAAAACCCACAAUGAGAACAAGCUCUACGAGUUCCUACGGCAGCGAUGUGAAAACUAUCUCAACGUAGAGGUGGUCAAGUCCAUCCACGGUGGAGCUGGCGCAAACCCCGUCGAGGUUCUAAAGAGCGUGCUCAAGUAUUGGGUCAUAUGGUGUCAGCAACUUGCCAGCAUUCGAUCGAUAUUCAGCUACCUGGACCGGACCUUUUUACUCAACUCCAAAGAUCACCCCAUGAUCAAUGACAUGGGUAUUCAGCUAUACAGACGAAUGUUGUUUGUGUCUUCAAAACUCGGAUCUACAGCACUGACGGGCAUCAUUGACCUGGUCGACCGCGACCGAAGAGGAAACCCCAGCUUUGAAGCCUCGCUACUGCGCGAGUCCAUCUCCAUGCUUCAUGUCUUGAACAUUUAUGGCAAAUCUUUUGAACCUCGAUUUCUAGAGUCGUCACGCAACUAUUUCGAAGAGUUUGCCGAGAUCCAAAGCGCCUUGUCUUUAAAGUCUUAUAUUACUGCCUGCAAGCGACUGUUGGCAGCUGAAGACCACAGAUGUAUUGCAUACAAUUUUGACAGUCUGACAAAGCGCCAACUCAUGGACAGCGCACAUUCUACCCUCAUCGAGGGCUAUUCUGAAAAGCUUCUUGACACUGGUAGUGUAAGCAAGCUGCUUGAUGAGAAUGCCGUCGACUCCAUGCAAGCACUAUACGAGCUUCUGCGGCUCUCCUCAAUCCAGAAGAAGCUGCGUACCCCUUGGGAGGAAUACAUCAGAACGGCCGGUGCAGUCAUUGUCAAUGAUACCGAAAGAGGCGACGAGAUGGUCGUCCGACUGUUGGAGUUUCGAAGAGCAUUGGAUAUUAUGGUACGCGAUGCUUUUAACCAAAACGACGACUUUACCUAUGGCUUGAGAGAGGCAUUCGGUCACUUUAUCAAUGACAGAAAGAUAUUGUCUUCCUGGAAGACUGGAACAUCAAAGGUUGGCGAGAUGAUUGCCAAAUACAUUGACAUGCUUCUCAGAGGCGGUCUAAAGACGAUUCCUCAAUCAUUGCUAUCAGACAACAAGGACCGCAUGGUAGCGGAGCAAAGUGGUCUUGCCAGCACUGGAGAUGAAGAUGCUGAGCUGGAUCGACAACUGGACCAAGCCUUGGAGUUGUUCAGAUUCAUUGAGGGCAAGGAUGUCUUUGAAGCUUUCUACAAACAGGAUUUGGCUCGAAGAUUGCUCAUGAACCGCAGUGCUAGUGCUGAUGCUGAACGCAGCAUGCUGACCAAGCUCAAGAGCGAGUGUGGUUCCAGCUUCACCCACAAUCUCGAGCAAAUGUUCAAGGACAAGGAGCUUGCGCGUGACGAAAUGACCGCGUACAAGUCGUACCAAGAGAAUACUGGCAAUGACAAGGCACCGGUGGAUUUGAACGUGGACAUUUUGUCGGCGGCAGCCUGGCCAACCUAUGGCGAAGUAUCGCUCAACCUGCCCGCCAAUGUGGCUGCCCAGAUUGAACAAUUUGAAAAGUUUUACCACAGCAAGCACACAGGACGUCGUCUUACUUGGAAGCACAACCUGGCUCACUGUGUUGUCAAGGCCAAGUUCAACAAGGGCUCAAAGGAGUUGCUCGUCAGUGCCUUUCAGGCUGUCGUUCUGGACCUUUUCAACCAAAUUGAAGGUAAAGGCGAAGAGUUCCUGACCUUUGAUCAGAUCGCCAAGGCCUCGGGACUGGGAGAUGGCGACCUUCGUCGCACGCUACAAUCCCUUGCUUGUGGCAAAUCUCGCGUGCUAUCCAAGUUGCCAAAGGGCAAGGACGUCCAGACAACCGACACAUUCAAGGUCAACAAGGCUUUCACGGACACGAGAUACCGUGUCAAGAUUAACCAGAUCCAACUCAAGGAGACCAAGGAAGAGAAUGAGGCAACUCACCAAAAGGUUGCAGUGGAUAGACAGUUUGAGACUCAAGCUGCCAUUGUGCGCAUCAUGAAGAGCAGAAAGACCAUGACGCAUGCCAAUCUGGUUGCCGAAGUUAUCAACCAAACCAAGAGUCGCGGUGCAGUAGACACGACAGAGAUUAAGAAGAACAUUGAAAAGCUCAUUGAGAAGGAUUACCUAGAAAGAGAUGGUAAUUCUUACGAGUACUUGGCAUAA